GUCAUCGUCAUCGUCAUCGUCGCUGCUCUCUACUCUCUACUCUUUGUGCUCUGCGAAAGCAAAGUUGGCGAAUACUCAACUCAACUCAACUCGACUCGACUCGACUCGACAUCGGAGUCUCGACAGAGCCAACGAAUUCGAUCGCCAGGCAAUCAAAUCAAAUCAAAACAGGCAGUCAAACGCAGCGCGUCGACAAUUUUUUUUUUUCGUGUUUGCCCCCAUUUAAUAAUACUAAUAACAAUAAUCGUAUCUUCGAGAUACUCCACGCGCCACAACGAAAUAAUAUUUCUAAAGUUUUGCAUUUUUGUUUUUGUUCGCCUGUUUUAUUACACAAUAAUUUGCAAUCAACAUUCAUUUUUUUUUUUUGGUAAUACGUGAAAUUUGCCGUUUCUAAUAAAUUGACUGUUUACGCGACAACAACUCAGUGUGUGUGUGUGUGUGAGAGUGAGUUAGUGUGCGUUUUGUUUGGCGGUGGCACAUCAGAAUUUCCCGAGCGGAAUUUCCACAGGACUCAUUGCAAAUUGAUGUGUAAAUGACGACAAGUGUUUGCCGGCUUCGAGCAAACAGCAACAACAACAACAAAACGGCCAACACAAGGGAAACAACAACAGCGACGCAGACGGCGAACGCCGCCCGACGACGUCCAACCAUCAGCAUCAAAUCAUUCACAUCCACGCAGUUGCUGCUCCUCAGCAUCCUCAUGAGCCAACUGCAUCAGUUUGCUGGCGGCGGCAUCGGAAUUGCAAUGGCAGCUCCAGCUCCAACUCCCGCUUCCGUUUCCGCUUCCGCUUCCCCGCCCACAGCAGCGUCACAUGUACGUCUGCGACUGCAGAAGCGUGAGGACACGCUGAGCUUCAAGCAGCGUUUCCGUCUGGAGCUCAACAGCUCCGUCCUCGAGUGGAGCAAUGGCUGCGGUGGCAAUUGGACGGGCCCAGCGAACGAAUCGCGUGUUGUCAGGCCACAGAAACGCUGUGCUAAACAUAAAAAACUGUUGCGCACUUUGCAAAACAAAACUGGCCUAGAGCUGCGGCAACUGAAGUUUGAGAACAUUCAUCGACAUGGCAAUGAGGCCAUUGACAUCUCAAAGCAUGACCAAUGGAAGGUGCAGAGCAGCCAAUAUAAUUUUCUGCCUCGUCUCAACAGCAGCAGCAAAAAUUUUCUACGACGUGUGCAUCAUGAUAUCCAGUUCUAUGUGGCAUCGUUCAGCUAUCUGCGGCACGCCCAGCUGCACUUCGACUACGAGAAUUGGCAGACGCAGAGCGCGCUGUCCGCCGAGCUGUUACGCUAUCGAACCAGUGCGCGAAACAUUCUCUGCUUAGUCGAGGAGGCCAUCAAUGCGACCAAUCGCCUCUAUGCGCCUAGUCUCAAUCAGAGUCAACAGGGGCAACAACAACAACAACAACAACAAAAACAACAAUUGUUGUCGCCUGGCGUCGUUGGUAGCAUCAAGACCGUGUCACGAAUGGCGAUGGAGAAGCGUCUGCUGCAGUUCAAGACACCGCUGGUCGAGUUGCACAAUCAGGCGGUGCUGGCGGCAGGAAACAAAGCCGCUGCUAAGCCGCAGGAGCCACAUGUGUUAGACGCUCUAUUUCUCAAGUUUCAAUACAUUGAGUACCUGAAGCACCUCACAAAAGCGUUGGCCAAACAGCGGACCAAAAGGAAGUGCAAGGCCAAAGCAGCAGCGAAAAAACAGACGCAGCCACGUGUGAAAUCACGUGCGAAGCAUCAGCAGAAACAGAAACAGAAGCAGCCAAAAGGAGCGUAGUUUCUAGUUUUCUACUUUCCACUGGCCACUUUUAUUUUAUUAUUUAUAGUUGACAUAAGUAAAUUAUUCUAUUUUAUAAAAUACUGUACUGAAAA